AGUGGCCUGGGCGGCAGGGUGCGGAGGCAGUGUAGGGGGGACUGGAGCUGAGUUGAUGGGCUCUAAGAAAAUGCAUAUGCGCAGGCACCCAGCUGUGAGGGGGACGAUGGGUGGGGCCGUGGGUACGUGCUGAGGGAGGAGAAGGAGACAGGGUUGAUAGGGGAUGAGCAGGAGGAGGAAGGGAAGUGGAAGAGCAAAGCUAUGGGGGGUGAGGAUGGGAAAGAUGGGGAAAGGGAGGAAAGGUGGGUAUGGAGAAAAGAGGUAGAUAUGGAGAAGAAGGUAGGCAUGGGAGAAGAGAGAUGGCAAGAGGAAGAAAGAAGCCCUGCUGGAAGAAGGUACAUGGUUCGGGUCCGAGCCGUGGUGAUGGCCCGAGAUGACUCCAGUGGGGGCUGGCUGCCUGUGGGGGGCGGGGGCCUCAGCCAGGUGAGCGUAUGUCGGGUCCGAGGGGCCAGGCCCGAGGGGGGGGCCCGCCAGGGGCACUACGUCAUCCACGGGGAGCGCCUCCGGGACCAGAAAACCACCUUGGAGUGUACCCUGCGGCCAGGCUUGGUUUACAACAAGGUGAACCCCAUCUUCCAUCACUGGAGCCUGGGUGACUGCAAGUUUGGGCUGACGUUUCAGAGUCCAGCCGAGGCUGAUGAGUUCCAGAAGAGCCUGCUAGCAGCACUGGCUGCACUGGGUCGAGGCUCGCUCACCCCCUCCUCCUCCUCCUCCUCUUCCUCCUCCCCUUCCCAGGAUACCGCAGACACUCCCUGCCCUCUGACGUCCCACGUGGACAGCGACUCCUCCUCCAGUCACAGCCACCAGGAGACGCCUCCCACCGCAGCGGCGGCCCCCAUCGUCACCGUGGAGUCAGCUUCUGGCUUCGGGCCGGCCACGCCCCCCCAGCGCCGCCGCUCGUCAGCUCAGAGCUACCCUCCGCUCCUACCGUUCACGGGGAUUCCGGAGCCUUCAGAGCCCCUGGCCGGGACAGGCGGGCUGGGCUGGGGCGGCCGCGGCUAUGAGGAUUACCGGCGAGCUGGGCCACCCGCACCCCUCGCCCUAUCCACCUGCGUCGUGCGCUUCGCCAAGACCGGCGCGUUGAGGGGCGCAGCCCUGGGGCCCCCCACAGCCCUGCCCGCCCCUCUCACCGAGGCUGCGCCUCCAGCACCCCCGGCUCGCCCACCCCCGGGCCCCGGCCCGGCCCCUGCGCCUGCCAAGGCCUCUCCGGAGGCGGAGGAGGCGGCGCGCUGUGUGCACUGCCGCGCGCUCUUCCGCCGUCGCGCCGACGGGCGUGGCGGCCGCUGCGCCGAGGCCCCGGACCCGGGUCGCCGGCUGGUGCGCCGUCUCAGCUGCCUGUGGUGCGCCGAGAGCUUGCUCUACCACUGCCUGUCGGAUGCCGAGGGCGACUUCUCGGACCCGUGCGCCUGCGAGCCGGGCCACCCGCGCCCCGCCGCGCGCUGGGCCGCGCUGGCCGCGCUCUCCCUCGCCGUGCCCUGCCUCUGCUGCUACGCGCCCCUGCGCGCAUGCCACUGGGUCGCAGCGCGAUGCGGCUGCGCAGGCUGCGGGGGUCGCCACGAGGAGGCGGCGCGGUGAGGACGGCCUGGUGGGUCCGGUAGCCGGACCGAGGACCCAAAAUUGAGGGUCCAGGACCCCGGACUCCGUUCGGACCCCAAACCCAAACCUAGGCACACCCGGAACUUGGAGCUUGAGUUUGGAUUGAGAGACCCCAGACCUGGAACCUGGACCCCAAAUGUAGGACUGAGAGACCCCAGAACCAGCUCAUUGGGAUGUCUGUCCAAGAGGUCCCAGGCAUCCUGAGUUCUGGCGUCCCCGUUCUCCAUCCCCACUCCACCCCGCUCUGGCCUAGACUGAGGAGGUUCCAGGGAUGCCCAGACUCUUCACCUUAGGCAGGCAGGGGAGCACACGGAUCCCUGAGAAUCGGGCUCUGAAUCCUGACUCACUGUUCAAAUGACCAGUCUAGACCCAGUCAUGCCUGGCACCAUGAACCCUCAAAUUACAACCCCAGAAUUAGGAGUUGCCGGUACCUGACCCUGCCUGUAUACAAUUACUCCCAGAUCUUGAGACCCUAAGACCCAGAAUCACCCCCAAAUCAUUCCUGAAUGCUCACCUAAAACUCGGAGCACCUGUAUCUGAGAUGUUCUUGUAGCCCCGGGACUUCUUAGAUACCGAAUCCUCUUAAGAUACUCUGAGUCCUUGGAUGUGCUCAAACGGAUGUUCUCUGACCCAAAUGACUUGGGAGACCCAUCUCAGAGCCCCCCUCCCCACACACACACUGCCCAAGAUCCAGAAUUAAGACUCCAAGAUGCUCUGUGAGCCAGGGAUCAAAGAAGUCUGUAGACCACCAACACCAAGCCUGUGUUCCCAGGAGCUCUCGAUUUCAUAUGUAGGACUCUGAGGUGCCUAGUCCCGCAGAUGUAAGACUGGAGACAACCAACACCUCAGGGUCCAAGACAUUGGUCCCAACCCCUCAGAUAGCCCUCUUCCAAUCCUCCUUGGACUUGCAUUUCAAGCCCCAGAAUGUCCUGGAAUCUUUGGCUUCUUCGUACCCACAGAUUCCCCAAUCCACUAAAGGCUGGGAGCCCAGCUCCCACAAGAUGGGAUGUUCAUGGCAACUCAGACCUCUGAUCCCUUGCCCCUGAGUGACCCCAAGGUGCUUUAGGAGCACUAGAUCCAAGACCCCAAGGUGCCAUUGACCCCCAAAUUCAGCACUCAAGCCUACACAAUAUUGGGAUUGUCCCUGACCCAAGACCUUGGUCCCUCCAUUCCAGAGACAGAUCUGAGGCUCCCUGGGACCCUAGCACCUUCAGAUCCCAGAUUUCUUUGGACCCAAACCUCUCUAGCCUGAUAUUUCCCAGGCCCAGCUUGUGCAUCCCCUGAGAACUGCUGCCCGUUGAAUCCUGCCAUCCAUACGCCCCUGAAACCCCAAGUUCCCAGACACUGGAAUUCUAGUCCCAAGGGCUCCAGCCCAAGCUCUCAGUAUCCCACAGAACUACCCCUUUACCCUAAGGGGAAAAAAACAUUUUGAGCUAAUGUUCCUGGAUUCCAGGACCACCCAAGAGCACCCCUGCUCCCAUCUCUAGGACCCAGCAUUGCUGUAGAUGAUUGUGCAGGCCGUUCAUGAAGCAAAGGCACACAGCCAAGGUGGUGAGUGGGGCUGGCCAUGCUGUGCCCUCAGAGGAAGGUGUGCAUUGCACAAAGGCAACUAGAUAUGGCUCUAUUGGCACAAAGGCCACACACACACACACACACACACACACACACACACACACACACACACACACACACACACACACACACACACACACACACACACACACACACACACACACACACACACACACACACACACACACAGUCUUGCAGACUCUCUUCCAAGCCCAACUUUGAGUCCUAGCUCCAGUCCAAGCAUUUUUUGAUCUGCCCCUCUGUUAACUCCUUCUCUUCCAUUUCAGAGUUGGGGGUUGUUUCGGAAAGUUUGAAAGCGUGGUUCAUGGCCCAUUGAGAGUCCUCUUUUGGGGAAGGGGGAGUCCAAGGUCUCUUUCCCCUGAGUGGAGUGGGACUUCUAGUGUACCACAGAUCUGAUGGCCUCCUGCAUGGGGGGGUGGGGAUCACGGUCUUGGAGCAACACAAUCUCAAUGUUGUACCGGCUUGGGACCUGCAUCUGAUCCCGAGCACCUUGAAAUGUGCACUUACCUUUCCUCAUUACCCAGACUUGGAUAGCCUUGUGAGGGUUCAAGGGAUAGGUCAAGGGGGCCAGAGGGGUGGAUCCUCCUGUCACUUCCUUUAAAUUAUUUAUUUAUUACAUCCGGAACCUGUGAGAUUCAGCUCUCUCAAGCAGACCCUGGGAUGGGUGAGAGAAAAGGGGGGUGUCCCUCCCAUCCCCACUCUGCCCAGCUCUCAUCACUGUCAGACCCACCAGAGCUGAGGGCGGAGGGACUGGGGGCUGGGGCAGCCUGGGUCCCCAUCCCCCUCUCUGUGCCUCGGUCUCCUCCCUUCCGUGGUGGGCGGGGGGAAGCUCCAUUCUUAACCUACCUCGUUUUGGGGAGGGGUGGGAUGGGGGACCAGAGUGCUGUAAGGUGCUGCGGGAUCUGUGGAUGAAGUGGGGGGCUGGGGACGGUUCCCUGGCUCCCACCUCCCAGCACCGCCUCUCCCAGGUCUCCCAGUCCUGCUCCCUGCUGAUACCCACCUCUGAUCCAUGAUUACUCUUCAUCACCCCUAGAUCAGGGGUGCAUGGAGGGAUGACCCUGGGAGCCAGGAAGACCUCAGACCCUGGAGCCCCCAGGCCCAAUAUCCCAGCUGCUUGCCCCUCAGAUUGGAUGCUUGGCCCCCAUACUUGGGAGAGGCACCCCGACAUUUAUCUUCCUGAUCUUGAUUCUAAGCCAGUCUGUGACCUCAAUGUUGUUAUCAGGGCAGGCUGAAGUAGUGGGGGAUGAUGCGGGCCGCAGACCCAGCCUUGUCAUCGGGGGAGGGGGCAUGAGAUAUCGGCUCCAAGAAAUGUCUGUGACAAAG